AUGGGGGAUGGCAAAAGCGGAUUCGGUCUAUUGAACCCCACGAGCCUCGUUGUCUCACUCGCUACAGCUGGGGAAAUGAAGCAAGACGAGUUGAUCUUCAGACUUUGGACAACAUCUUGCCUACAAUACCUACUAGCACAGUCUCGAACCACGACAACACGGGCACAAGCGUUCCUGCAGCUGUACGGUAAUCCCGCGAUACAGCUGAGCUUGGACGACUUGAGCAGUACGAUUGGCUGCGAUUCACCUGCACCUACCCGUGCUGCAUACAUAUGGUAUCCCUGCGUCCUUGUCCAAGUAUGUACAAUAUUUCUGAGCAUUGGAAGCAUGACGGCGAGCAUCAUCGCAACUCCGGCCAAGGCCGAUCAGAACAGAAGCUUUCCUUUGCCAAUGGGAGCUGGCCACGUCAGAAGCCAGCGAAGCCGUUUAUCGGGCUAUCGACGGCGCAAGCAAGCCACGACCACUGCUCCUUGCUCUGACUACAGCUCGUGGGCUGCAUCAGCGUCUUCUGAUUCGUGCAUCUUCACUCUUCACACUUGUCUAUUCCAGAUCGAACUCCCACACGCCUUUUCGACCUCCUCAACAGACUUCACCAUUGACAAUCGAAGUGAGGGGGGCGCGCGCGGAGGGGGUUCAGCACAUCUACUCGUUUUGUCGUCAAGGCACAAUGGCACCCGAAUGAUGGCUGCCUUCGGCGCUACACCGCUUGUCUAUCAUUAUUGCCGCACCGGAAAGGAUUUUGGAAGAAGAGCAUCUGUCCACCAAGAUUGCUGCACUAAGCAAGUCCUUUUGCACGAACAUGCGUUCGAGGGAAGCCCUCGCCCCAGUUAUGCAUGUUCAUUCUUCACUUCAUGGACAUGGGCUCUUGCGCGAAUUCAUCCAGCCGUGCGAUUUGCUUCGACAAUCAUCGGCAUCGCCACCAGGAAUCUGGGUCCAUCGCGACCUACUGUGGGUGUAUGCGAGUGCGGAUCGCGGCGACCUGCCGUUCCGCAGGAAUACACUACGCCUUGA